CCAUCCAAUGCAGCGAUUAAAUACCAAAAAUUGUUCGGCCGCGCGCAAUCGAACAACGAGAUACUGUCGAAUUUUUUUCUGAAUUCAGAAAAUUCCGUCGGGUUAAUCCAUAGUUAUUGAUAAAAUAUCACCUGGAAAUAUACAUUAUCCAAUAAGUAUAUAUCGAUUAUAUCAACUUUGGAACGGCGCGGCUGCGUCGCGGACAAAUUGACUGUGUUUUGGCGGCGAAGCAGAGGAAAAGCAACAGGCCAACGGCGUUGAAUUAUUGGUUAAUUAGUUUCAAUUAGGCGGAAAAGGAGCAACAGCUGCCAGAUCGCGCCAAACAACAGUAAUUUUUGUGCGAGUACGAAAUGAAAAGUAAGAGCAGCGGUCGUUGGUAGUGUGCGUAUCGCGUGUGCCAGUGUGCGCCUGCGGGCAGUGUGCGUGUGUUUGUGUUGGAAUGGAAUGCACAAAGCCCAUCCCCCCGGCCCCCAUCGCUCAGUGUGUGCGCUCUAUUAUCGCUGAAAAUAUGUACAAGCAAAAGGCAACGUAAAAGAGAAACCGAAAAGAGAAAAAACGGUGAAGAAAACGAGAAAAGCGCGCGCCAAGUGACAAGUUUUUUUGUGUGGGACUGACCGACCGCCUUUAGUCCCCUGGAACCGGACAGACUCCCCCGCUGCACGAUGCCAAAUCUGCAGCAAUCGGCGCCGCCGCACCACCUGCAGCCCCAUCCGCACCAUCUGCGGCCACAGCACCAGCAGCACCAUCAUCACCAUCACCACCAUCAGCACCACCAGCACGGGCCCCACAGCGACUUCCCCCUGCCGGACGGCUGGGACAUUGCCAAGGAUUUUGAUGGCAAGACCUACUACAUAGAUCACAUCAACAAAAAGACCACAUGGCUGGAUCCCAGAGAUUGCUACACAAAACCGCAAACAUUUGAGGACUGUGUGGGCGAUGAGCUGCCCAUGGGCUGGGAGGAGUCCUACGAUCCCAAUAUCGGGCCCUACUACAUCAACCAUUUGGCGCAGAGCACACAGCUGGAGGAUCCGCGGCAGGAGUGGAAGAGCGUGCAGGAGCAGAUGCUGAGCGAUUAUCUGUCAGCGGCUCAGGAUCAGCUGGAGAACAAGCGGGAAAUGUUGGACGUGAAGCAGCAGCGUCUGCUGUGGGCCCAGGAGGAGUACAAUCAUUUGAACAAACUGGCCGCCAGUCGCAGUAGCCUGUGUUCGUCAUCCAGCUCGAUGAGCCGACACGAUCCGGAGCUGCUGCGCGCGGACUUGAUGCUGGCGCGGGAGCGAGUGCAUCAGCUGAAGCAGGAGCUGAAUCACAUUACCAACGAUAUAUCCUACACGGAGCGGGGCAUGAACACGCUGUAUUCGGUGGGCGAGAAGAUCAAUGCACGGCAGAACGGCUGCUAUGACAUUGCCGAGGUGCAGGCCAUACGCGAGGAGAUGCUGAAGGUGCACAAGUCGCUGGUGUCCGGCGAGAAGGUGCGCGAGGAGCUCAUGCGCAGCCUGGUGCAGAUCAAGAACGAGCUGAGUCGCCAGCAGAUCAACGAGGAGAAUGCCGAGCUCAUGAACGCCGCCUCGCCCUUCGAUCGUGUGUGCGUGGCCAGCCAGACGGAUCUGUGCGGCGGCGCUGGGGAGCAUCUGAAUGGCGGUGCCCGCUUUGCGGAGAUGGCCAAGACCAAGCUGCAGUACGCGGAGUGGCGCAAGCACAUCAAGAAGCUGCAGCAGCAGCUGGCCGAUCAUGUGGAGCGCAUCGAGCCCGGCCAACUGGAGUCGGACAAGGAUCGUAUUCUGCUCAUCCAGGAGAAGGAGAAGCUGCUGAACGACCUCAACAGCAUCUCCCUGAAGUCGCGCAGCGAGGAGGAAAAACAGGUGAUCCAGGCGACCCGCAAUAAGCUCGAGGAUGACCUCCGGGAGGCGUACGAGGCGAACAACACGUGCGUGGCCAAUCGGCUGCGCUUCCACGAGGAGAAGCAGCUGCUGCUGGACAAGCUGCAGGAGGCCCUGAAGUCCACCAAGCUGCUGGAGGAGCGACUCAAGUCGUUCUCCUCCGAGAGCACCUUCUCCAUCAGCAGCGGCAGCAGCCUGGGCUCCCUGUCCACGGCCAGCAGCAAGAGCGCCCUCAGCUUCACGGACAUCUACAUCGAUCCCUUUGCCGUCGACUCGCCCAUCGAUGUCGUGGAUCUGCGCCGGCGCUCGCAGCGUCUCUUCCAGCAGCAUCAGCAGCGCCUGGCCCCCAUCCAUGCCCAUCCCGUGCUGCAGCAGCAGCAGUCCUCGGAGGUAUCGCUGUCGCCGCGCAGCAGCCUGUCCAUGGAGACGCCGCCCGCAUCGCCAAUGAAAUACAAUGCGGGGGCCGAUCAGCUGCCGCUGCCGUUGCAGCCGCCGCCAGCCCAUUCCCUCAAGGAGGAGCCCACCUAUGCCAAUGCUCUGCCCGCCCCGCCUGCCUACACAGCCCCGCCCCCAGUGCCUAUCGGUGCACCUGGGGUCAGGGCACGUCCCUACGACCUGGACUCCACUGUGCUGGACUGCAUGAUGCUGGAGGCGAAGCUGCAGAAGCUCAAUCUAAACUCACCGCACAAUCUGGCCGCUGCGCCGCUCUCACCCAUCUCGGAGAAGCCCUCGCUGCUGGAUCUGCCCAUGGAGAUGCUCAGCCGCUCCUCCUCCACCUCGAACACGCGCUCCGUUUCGGCGGCUGUCAGCAACGAGUCUGUGGCCGGGGACUCGGGUGUCUUUGAGGCUUCGCGGGCUCAUUUGCCGCGCAAAGAGUUGGCCCAAGUGCAGAUUGGACUCAAGUAUCUGAAGCAGGAGGGUGUCCUGGUGGUAUCCCUGGAGCGUGCCAACAAUCUGCUGGCACUGUGGACAGCCUCAACGGAUAACUCGCAGGUUUACCUGCGUGCCGCUUUGCUGCCCAAUUCGUUGACUUCCAUAAGGACCAAGGCGCUGGGGGACUUUCAGAAGCCCGUCUUCAAUGAUACAUUUGCAGUGCCCAUAUCGCUGGAUAAGCUGCUGACCAAGAGCCUGCAGGUGACUGUUGUCUCAAUGACAGGCCAAAAGGAGGAGAUUAUUGGAACUGUGCAGAUCAGCAUGGCCGAGUUUAAUCCGGAGGACUCCACAUUGAAGUGGUACAAUGUUCUCAGUUCGAAAUUCAUUCCCAGCUUUGAGUCGCUGGACAUUCCCUCCACGAGUGCCGCUGCAGCAGCAGCCGCCGUUGCGGCCAGCAACUCCUCGACGAGCAGCAGCACCAACAACAACAGGGAGGAAUCUUCGGAUGAGUCCACCAUCACAUCCUCGCAGACCUCAACGCUGACACGCAAUCAGGCGCCGCCGCUGGAGCUGCAGGCGCAAAUAGCCGAGGAACAGCCACAGAAUGGUCGUCUCAAUGGCCAGGAAUGCAGUGACGACGAUGACGAUGAUGAGGAUGAUGACGAUGAGGAGGAGGAGGACAGCAACAAGCAGCUCGUCAGUGAUGUGGGCCUAAUGAACUCUGGCUGCAUGCUGGAUGCCUAUCUGCAGAACAUGAAGCAGGAGUAUGCCGACAAGGAAACGAAUACCGAGUGCGCCUUUAUGCCGGAGAAGCUGCGCUCCCACACUCAACUGAUGGACGAUAGGCCCGUGAAGCGUUCACAGACCUUUACCCCAUCGGCGGCGGUCAGCAAGAAUCGCUACAAUUGUCGCCUUAAUCGCAGCGACUCGGACUCGGCCAUGCACUGUGGCGUGGCACCGCACACGUUCCAGCGGGGAGCCGCUGAGCGACGUUCCCUGCGCUUCCACACAAAGACGCCCAAGUCAGUCACAAAACUGCAUCAUACUCACAUACCCCGCACCAGUUUGGACUUGGAGCUGGAUCUGCAGGCGCAGCACAGCAAGCUCUACUUCCUCAACGAUCAAAUUGCCAAGCUGCAGAACCUCAAAGAAGUCUUGCAAAAGGCCUGCGAGAACAAGGAUCCUCUUAUUGCCGCCUGGGCCAUUGAGAAUGAGGAGUUCCAACGUCUGGUGGCACGCGCCGAUCCCGCCAAAUGCCCCGAGGAGCGUCAGCUGCAGAAGUUGCUCAUGAAAACCGCCAAAGAAAUCCACAAGCUGCGGAAGACCAAGGUGCCCAAGGGCUGUCCAGAUUUGGUGUCAUUCAAAGAGAAGAUCUCAUUCUUCACACGCAAGGGCCUGUCCGUGCCCGAGCUGCCCAGCGAGUUUACUUUGCCCGAAGACAAUCCCAUCGAGGAGGAGGAAGAGGAGGAGGAAGAAGACGAUGAUGAGGAUGAGGACAAUGCUGCUGAGACGGCAAUUGCUAUCAAUACGGCGCUGGUGGCCAGCAACAAUCGUAACAAGAAUCUCAGUGAGCACCACCAUCGAGCCGCAAGCGGAGCAGUGCCAAAACUGCCAGCACCAGCACCAGCCACAGUCCCAGCCCCAGCCACAGCCACAGCCACAGCUGAUGCAGCUGUUGCUGCAGCUAUUCCUGCUGUGCCAGCUGUAGCUGCUGAGGACGGUGCAGACAAGCCAGAUCAGCCACGCUACGACUAUGUCGUGGAUCGCAAUUAUGGCGUGGAGGUGUAGCUGUAGACCUGCCCUAGCCCCUACUCUACCUUCGCUGUACAUUUUUGUAAUUAAUGUAGUAUUUAUUUUCAUUAAGCAACAAGUAUUUAUGUGUAUAAAACAAACUGAUGUAACAAAUAUCUGUGCCUUAUAGAGAAACGUGUGAGCGCAGGUCCAGGCCUGCAGCGACCACCAGCAACAAGAGAACCAUGCUAGAAAUGAUAUUUCUAUUUAUAUUCUAAGCCGUACUUUUAUUUAGUUUAAACAUUUAGCCCUAACUAGACACAUAGUCAGUUGUACAAAUUGACACCCCCACCCCACCACACUGAUGACCAUACAAGAGAGCAACCACACACCCUACACCCCAUCAAAAGAGGGACCCAAACAUAAGCAAAAACGCGCACAUUGUGUGUUCGAUACCUUUCAAAUUCAUAUUGAAAAUCAACUGUAUUCUUAAGACUUGAGCAACAACAAAAUAUAAGAAUGUUAAUGAAUACUUUUUUAUAGGCAUUUAGUUAGUAACCCCAACCCGAACCCAAACACAGACCAUAAAACGGAAACAUAUUUAUUUUUUAUUAUUGUAUUGGUUGAUAUUAAUCAAGUGCGAGUGCACACAGCCCAAUCGUUUAGUUUAGUUGGCUUGCGUUUUUGUUAAGCUCAAAACAAAAUUCUUUACAUUGUAAUUUUUUUUAUAAAAAAAUCCUAUGCGCAAAAAACCAUAAAAAAACAACCAGGCACACACACACAAAAAAGAUAAAGAAGUGAAUGUACCAUAUUAGAUAAUCGUCACUAUAACUAGCACUGUAAGCACGCCUUAAACCCCCCCCGACCAGACCACCAAUGAAUAGCAAA